AUUUCGUCGUCAAACUUUGAGAUGGGCAGCACUUGUGGAAAGUUUCAUCAAAAUCCCAUGUGACAUAAAAAAGUAUAUUUCAUGGCUCCCUUUAAAAUGUAUGUAUCGAAGUGAGAUUGUUGUUUUGUCGAAAAGACUCAUGUACUCAUAUCUGACUUCGAGUGCACUUCUGAACUAACAAAUGUUUAUUUUCAAACAGAUCAUUACGAAGACCCAUCAGUUGAUUAUGACCUUAGUGUAAUAACAAAUGCAAACGAGAUUCUUGAUAUUACUAAUUCAAACAGAAAUACAGGCGAAUGUAGUCAACAACUAAAAAGGAGAAAAGCAAGCUAUGCAAAUUUAAGGCAACAAGCAUCAAGAAGAUUGGAGUACUCAGUUAAACAACAGUUAAAAUCGAUGCAUGAUCAAACCGAAAAAACAAUUGAUGUUCGAUAUUUAGAACAAGAUGCAACGUCGUCAUCAUUACUUCUACAGAAGAGAAGACCAUCUCCAGUUCAAACGGAGAAUGAAGAACGCAAUGGAUUCAUUUCAUUGUCACGAGAAGAUUUGCUUAAUAAAAAUGAAAAAUUAGAAAAACAAGUAGCUGACCUAAUAUGUUUAAGUGAAAACUUAAAGAUACAAUUACAAGAUUUAACAGAUCAAUGUCCAGUAUCAACAAAUGGACAAUUGUUCUGGAUUAUUCGUGAUAUUGAAGAUAAAAUCAAUGAUGCACAAACACAGAAACAAACAUUCGCUACAUCACCAGUAUUUUUUACAUCACCAAAUGGAUAUAAGAUGUGCAUGCGUCUCUAUUUAAACGGUGAUGGUUUAACACGAGGAAAUCAUGUGUCAAUAUUUCUUGCAUCUGUUCCAAGUGUGAUAGAUUCCUAUUUAAACUGGCCGUUCAGAGCAAUUGUAACAAUCUGUUUAUUUGAUCAAACAGAUCGUACACAACAUAUCAAAAAAUCAUUUAAUUGUAUUAUACAGCAAUCAUCUGGCUCAGGGGGUAUAUCAAAAUUUAUUCAAACAAAUGUAAUACAUCAAUAUAAUAAUCCAUAUGUUUAUCAGGAUAGAAUGGAACUUCAUGUUCGCAUACAGAAACCAACUCCGGAUCUAUUAUUACAUAUUGAACAAGCAGUUAGCUUUGACGAUACACCUGUCAUGCAAGAUCAAGAACAACGACAUCAAUAUCGUGAAGACCUUUUGGAUAUAAAUAAUUUAAUUCAGUUUAGCUGA